AUGAAUCGUAUCAUUUGGGUUGACUUAGAAGACCAGGAAGUAGAAGUCCGUAAGGUUGAAAGCAUCAAAAGAAAGAAAGCAGCCGAUCAGUAUGAUAUAGCUGAUCCUUUCUUCCAGGAAGAUGAAGAUAAAGGUACUGAUGUUUUGGCUUGUGAGUACCAACACUUCUUCUGCUUAGCCGGCGAAUCAGUACAAGGCCUGGAGAAGAAGAAAGAAGAGCUUGGUGGGGAGACAAAGAAUAAGAAAGAGAAAAGAGAGAGUACUAGACAAGGGUUUAUGGACGAUAAAGAAGUCCUCCUAGCUAGUCUGAGUGAAAGACCUCUGGCUGAUUUACCCGAGCAAGCCAGACAAUUACUAGUGCUGGAAAUACUGACGGCACAAGAGCCCAGUUUAUCCGGACUGCUUGCUGACGUAAGAGAGAGUCAGUCAAAACAAAAGGACCAAAAUGGAGUGGCACUAAUGAGUAAGGAAAGACUAGCUAUGAUUGAGGCAGAACUAACUCGGAUCUUUACUGAGGAGUACCUGGUGGCCAUAGGCGAGACAACUAAGACCGAGAGUGCUGAACUACUGGAUAUAAUUAAAGGGAUUAUUGCCGCCCAAAAAGCCGAGAUUGACUUGAAAGAGCCUAAUGAUCCGACUGAGGCCAAGUAUGCUAAGUUAGUCUUUGAUGAUAGUUUUAUUGAGUUAUUAUCACAGUAUACGGAUAAGGAGUACUUACUCUUUUACUUAAACCUUUACUUGUCCAAUAAGAAACGAGUCUUAGAGUAUACGGUUAAGAAAGCUAUUUUCCAGCAACUGCAAGAACUUUUCCCUUCUACUUACGGUUCAGUUGGUUCCAUUGGGAAGAAGAUCUCAUCUUAUAAUCUGAAACGCAAGAAUAAGAAGGCAGCGGCCACGACCACCUCUACUACUCCCGGCAAUACUAAGAGUAGUCCUACCAAGCCAACUACAAGUAAAACCCAGACUAGUACUAAAUCUGCUACUCCUAACAACACGGACAGUUUGCCUGCUACCAAUUCAUCAGCUACUAAUUCAGUUUCUACCAACUCAACUGCUACUACUGAUAACAAUACGGAUGCUUUACCAACUACUUUAUCUAAUCCACAGACUACUUUAUCUGAUUCACCAACUACUGCCAAUCCACAGACUACUUUAUCUAACCCAAUACAGACUAAUACCAACUCAAUACAAACUACUACCAAUUCAGAUGACGAACCUAUCACCACACCUAGUACACCUACCUUACCUACUCCUACACUUCCUCCGACUAGCUCACCCUACCAUAGUACACCAUCACGGCCUAACUCACCUCCUUCCAAUCCAACACCUAGUAGUGCUCCGAUGAGCCAUGAAAGGGAUGUUCCGUUGCAUCAACUUCUCUCUUCCUUGGACGACCCAACGCUUUCCUCGGAGGAAUCUGACUUGGAAGGCGCAAAUACUAAACGGGUAAAACUUGAAGACAACGACGAGGAGGACGAGGAGGACGAGGAAAAAGAUGGAGCUGGUGGGUCAGAUAGUGGUUUAGGGGAUACCCAGCAAUACGAAACACUUGAUUUAAAUGAAUAA